ACAGCGCCUCUAAUAAUGAGCAUAAGCUCAUUUGCUGCAACCAGCCAUAAUUGUAAGCUCUAUGUAAUUGGAGGUGGACCCAAUGGAAAGCUGGCUACAGAUAAAAUGCAGUGUUAUGACCCAUCUACCAACAAGUGGGUCUUAAUAUCACCCAUGCCUGUAGAAGCAAAAUGUAUCAAUGCUGUAAGCUUCCACGAUCACAUCUAUGUGGUUGGUGGUGCAAUGAAAGCGCUGUAUUCAUACAGCCCUCUGGAAGAUACUUGGUGCCUGGUGACAAGUUUUAGCCAUGAAAGAGCAAGCUGUGGAAUAGCUGCAUGUUGUAAUAAAAUAUUCAUCACAGGUGGAAGAGAUGAGAGGAAUGAGGUCAUUGCCACUGUUUUGUGCUGGAACAUUGACAUAGGAAAACUGACUGAAGAAUGUGUCCUCCCCCGAGGAGUCUCCCAUCACAGCAGCGUUACAAUAAGGAAAUCCUAUACCCACAUCCGUAGGAUUGUCACUGGAGCUGUUUCCGUCUAA